AUGCCGACGAUCAACCAACUGAUUCGCAAGCCGCGCACGCCGCCCGCCGCACGCAACAAGGUGCCGGCGCUGCAGGCCUGCCCGCAGAAACGCGGCGUGUGUACCCGGAAGCCGAACUCGGCGCUGCGCAAGGUCGCGCGCGUUAGACUCACCAACGGUUUCGAGGUGACGAGCUACAUUCCCGGCGAGGGGCAUAACCUUCAGGAGCACUCGGUGGUGAUGAUUCGCGGCGGCCGGGUGAAGGACCUGCCGGGCGUGCGCUACCACAUCAUUCGCGGGUCGCUCGACACCCAGGGCAUCCAGGACCGCCGCCAGCGGCGCUCCAAAUACGGCGCCAAGCGCCCGAAAUAG